AUGUCUGCUGUUGCUCCAAAGAAACACCACGGUUCUAAGCGUGCUCCUAUGGCCUGCCAGUACUGCCAUGAUCGCAAAGUCAGAUGUGAUCUAGCUAUCUCCGGUUCACCAUGCACAAACUGCCGGCUUGAUAUGGUCAAGUGCUUCAAGCGAUUUUCUACCCACAAAAAGCCACCUCGGAAGAGACUACAACUCCAGGGAGUCCAACCCAACCUCCCGAGUCAGGAUCACUCUUUACAGCAGACCACCAACAAAGGAAGUUCAAACCUGCCAUUCUCUUAUUACUCCUUCGUUCAAUUUUCGCGCCUCGGUCAGAUUAAAGAGUGUGAUGUUUUGCUACUAGAAUCACGGGGUUGCCUCCAUCUACCGAGUCAGUCGGUGUUAGAGACUUUUGUCAGACACUAUUUUCUUUACGUGCACCCUACCUUGCCAAUUCUCGAUGAGACAAAGUUUUGGCAUAUAUUUCGGCAGCGGCAUAAGGUUCACGAGAGAAUUCCGUUGGUGCUGCUACAGGCAAUGCUGUUUGCAGCUGCUGCGUUCAUACCCCUCGAGGUUGCAAACCAGUAUGGGUCGGCCUCGUUGGUCGACGUCCGGGAUUCUAUAUUUCACAAAGUGACAUGGCUCUACAGUAUGAAUGUGGACGAUGACCCCGUCGUAAUGUCCCAAACGGCCUUGCUACUAAGCUACUACAACACCCACAGGGAUACGAAAAGCAACUCAACAUGGCUUGGUAUUGCGAUCCGACAUGCACAAGCGGGAAACGCAGAUCAGUAUGACAUACUCUCGUUCUCAGAUGACAGAGAACGUCUCAAACGAUUAUGGUGGUCUUGUAUUCUGCGGGACCGGAUGAUUUCUCUGGGAACGCGCCGUCCAUUACAGAUUUUGGAUCCCCGGCUGCCAAGUCAGAAGGACUUUCUUUUUUUUGAUGACCUUAAAGAGGAGCCCAGUGGCUCUGAAGUUUACAACUCAAACACAAAGAUGGCUAUCAAUUCGCUGAUCUCGUGGCAGUGUGAAUUUGCUGUCGUUGUCACGGAUAUUCUGGCCAUGUUGUAUCCGGGCUCACAGAGCCUGAGGCUUAGAAGCCUACGGAUUAUGGAUGACCAGUGGAGUAAGCUGGAACAACUGAAACAUGAUUUUAGCUGCUGGAAUGACCGCUUCGUGAGCUGGGCACAGUGUCAGGGCUCUUUGGCCCACCCCUCAAUCAAGCUUUUUAUUUGCUCGAUAUCAAUCCAUUCCCAAACAGUGCGCCUGGCUCUAUGUACAUACACUUCACGUAUCCUGUCAGAAUGUGAAGCUGUUCGUUCACAGAAAUCUCGCCUCAAAGGGUAUGGAACCGAGCUUCAAGGUGGUCUUUUCAAGAUGACCGAGGAGGUCAAAGAAUUGAUCGACUCAAGAAUGUCGGAGUAUCUUCCGGUCAGCGUAAUGGCAUUUACCGCCUUGCCAAUGAUUCUGUGGGGCAUCAGCGUUGCCGUCUCUGGCGAAUCAAUUACACAGCAUCAGAAUGCCAUUAAAUUUUCUCUUUUCAAACAAAUGAGUUACAUUUACAGCCUGCGAUACGAUACAAUGCACCUCUCCGCGGUUGUCCAGCGGGUGGUUCAGCUGAUCAAGCCCGCGCUGAUGACAACAGUCUUAGGUGCAAAGAGCGACAACAUGGCAACCUCAUUCCUCGAUAUCUUGAUGCGGCACCCUCAAACGUUUUCCGAGCUUUGUUUGUACCUUGAUGUACUACUCUCUGCAGAUGACAAGACAGAGGCACCAUACCCAUUGGACCCCUCCAGGAUGACCCCUAUUUUCGGACAGAUUCAAAGGCCUAUGCCAGGCUCUUCUGAUGUUCAUGCACCUACAAAUUCAGGCCUGCUAGAGGUAAAGUCAUCGACAGCGAAUUUCAACGAGCUGGGUCCACUUUAUCCAGCAUUCGAACAUCCUUUAGAAAGUUGGGAAGAAGCAGAGAACUUCAAUAAUGGCGAGGAGAUGGGGGGAGUUGACCACAAAUACUCGGGCAUUCCCAUAUCCACAGUCGAAUCACCGCCAGAGUUACCGGAGCCGGAAGAGUUUGGUCAAUUUCUUACUUACUUUACACAUCUCGGAGAGUGA